AGUCGACAAGCUGCGGCGGCGGUGAGAGCAACAGCUGCCCCGUCUCUCCUCAAUUUGCUCUCCGGUCCUUGUAGCCGGGGGACUGGCGGCCCCGGCGGCCCCAGCCAGGCAGACAUGGCACUGACUGUGGACGUAAUAGGGCCUGCGCCCUGGGGCUUCCGAAUCACGGGGGGCAGAGACUUCCACAUGCCCAUUGUGGUAUCCAAGGUGACUGAGCGAGGGAAAGCUGAAGCUGCUGACCUCCGACCUGGGGAUGUCAUUGUGGCCAUCAAUGGGGAGAAUGCGGGAAGCAUGCUUCACGCUGAGGCCCAGAAUAAGAUCAAGCUGAGCCCAUCCCCUCUUCGGUUGCAACUGGACAGGUCCCAGGCAUCUUCUCCUGGCCAAACCAAUGGUGGGAGUUCUCUGGAACUGGCUUCCUGUUUCCAGAACCCCAUGAGGACCAGAACUGACAGCCAGACCUCGCUACGGUCCUCUUACUCCAGUCCGGCUUCCCUCAGCCCUCCACCAUCCCGAAAUUCUUUUUCCACCCCACCCCCCGCCAGCUCCCACACCUUGCCAGGAGAGGUGGUGAAUAGCAGCAGUUUUCAGAGCUUGUCCUAUUCCCCAGCCUCUGUUUCUUCUGAACACCUGAACUCCCGGGGCCAUCUUAGUAGCCGGCAGGCUGGGCUUGGCCGAGCUGGCGACUCGGCUGUCUGGGUGUUGCCGCCUUCCCCUGGGGGGUUCCGAGGUUCUCGAUCCUCCAGCCCCAAACGCAGUGUGGACUUUGAAGGGGGAGGGCCCUACCUAGAGGAAGAUUCUGAGGUCUUCAAGAUGUUACAGGAGAAUCUGGAGGCUCGGACUGCUCCAAGGCAGUCUAGUUCCUUUAGGAUGCUGCAGGAGGCACUGGAGGCAGAGGAGAGAGAUGGCACUUCUGCUCACCUGCCCAGCUCACUGAGUCCACAGGGCUCCCGGCCAGCCAGCACCACCCAGACCACACCACCCAGGCUUCACAUCUGUGAGAAGUGCAACACCAACAUCACGAACCAGGCUGUACGGAUACAGGAUGGGCGGUAUCGACACCCUGGCUGCUAUACCUGUUUGGACUGUGGGCUAAAUCUGAAGAUGAGGGGCCACUUCUGGGUGGGUGAUGAGUUGUAUUGUGAGAAACAUGCCCGACAGCGCUACUCGGCCCUCCAUGCCCUCAGCUCCCACUCCUGAAGGACCCUCCCGGAUCUCUUUCCUCUCCCCUACUCCCACACCUUUCGUCUGAGGAACUCUGCUGGGUGUCUUGCCAAUGGGAAGCUUGUAUGGAAGAGGAGGUGGUGGGUAGUGGGAUCUGGGGAGCUUUUGGGGGGGGUCUGAGUUUGGGGACCAUUUCAGGGGUUGGAAUAUUUUUCUUUUCUGCCAGGCCCUCUCUGUCUCCAGGUAUAGGCAGUAAGGGCAAGCUGUCAAGCCCCACUUGGAGACUUUAAAAGGUUGUUUUCCCUGACAAGGUGGGGACUGUGCCACAGGGUGAGAUGGGCUAUGCACCAGAUACCAGGUCAUACAUAGGGUGAGGGCUUAAUGGGUCAUAGUGCAAGGCAAAAAUGUGUGUAAAGAUAUGAAAAUAUAUAUACAUGUAUAAAUAAAGUAGAUGAUACUCCAUCUUCCUCUUGGCCCUCUUCCCUCCCAAUAUUCUCUCUCAGUUGGCUCUCGGGCCCCCAAAACCAUAUGGAAAGAGUACUUCUUGUUCCUUAGUACAAAUAGGUUUCCUUUUGAUACCACUAACUAAGGUAGAUGUGAGAAGAGAGGGCAUUCAAAGUGGAGGGGAAAGUUGGUGUCAAAACCAUGGGUGGGAGGGUCUGCAGACAAACUAUGCUGGGGCCAAUCUGACGGUUGGUGAACCAGGCUCGUGGGUGUAUGUAUCAAUAAUCAUUAAUAGUCUUAAAAAUAAUACAUCUUCAUAUAACAUACUUUGAAGUUUACAAUUUCCUUAAUAAACUAGUGUUACAAGA